GCCGGAAGGGGCGGGCGGCCGCCACGCCCGGUGCUGCGGCCAUGCUGCUCUGGCGGCGCCUCGCAGCCCUGCGGGCUCCCCCCGCCUCCCGGCGGCUCUCGGCGGCCGGGCCGGGGCCGGGGCCGGGGCCGGUGUCGCGACAGGCGCCGGGGCGAAGCGGCGAUGGAGGCGGCGCCCCGCGGCCGCUCUACAUGGACGUCCAGGCCACCACCCCGCUGGAUCCCAGGGUCCUGGACAGCAUGCUCCCGUACCUGACGGCCUACUACGGCAACCCCCACUCCAGGACUCAUGCCUACGGCUGGGAGAGCGAGGCUGCGAUGGAGAAAGCGAGGCAGCAAGUUGCAGAUUUAAUAGGAGCUGAUUCAAGGGAAAUUAUAUUUACCAGUGGUGCAACAGAAUCAAAUAAUAUGGCAAUCAAGGGUGUUGCAAGGUUCUAUAAAUCCAGAAAAAAGCACAUUAUUACUACGCAAACAGAGCAUAAGUGUGUGUUGGAUUCUUGCCGUUCCUUGGAGACAGAAGGCUUUCGGGUCACGUAUCUACCUGUCAAAAAAAAUGGGCUCAUAGAUUUGAAGGAUUUGGAGGGUGCAUUCCAACCAGAUACCAGUUUGGUUUCUGUAAUGACUGUGAAUAAUGAAAUAGGAGUAAAGCAGCCAAUUCACGACAUUGGUGAGAUCUGCCGUGCACAUAAGGUUUUCUUCCACACAGAUGCUGCACAAGCAAUUGGUAAAAUUCCUAUGGAUGUCAAUGGCAUGAAAAUUGAUCUAAUGAGCAUCAGUGGCCAUAAAAUAUAUGGGCCCAAAGGGGUUGGUGCUGUCUAUGUUCGUCGUCGACCACGCGUCAGGCUAGAACCCCUGCAAAGUGGGGGAGGCCAGGAGAGAGGACUGCGGUCUGGGACUGUUCCCACUCCUUUAGCAGUAGGCCUGGGGGCAGCGUGUGAAGUGGCACAGCAAGAGAUGGAGUAUGACCAUAAGCGAAUCUCACAACUGGCAGAACGACUGGUUACAAAAAUAAUGAAUGAAGUUCCUGAUGUGGUUAUGAAUGGAGACAGAGAGCAUCGCUAUCCAGGAUGCAUCAAUUUAUCUUUUGCUUAUGUGGAAGGGGAGAGUCUUCUGAUGGCUCUGAAAGAUGUGGCUCUGUCUUCAGGAAGUGCUUGUACAUCAGCUUCUCUGGAGCCUUCCUAUGUUUUGCGGGCAAUUGGAACAGACGAAGACUUGGCUCACUCAUCUAUAAGAUUUGGUAUUGGUCGUUUCACUACAGAAGAAGAAGUGGAUUAUACAGUGCAAAAGUGCAUACAGCAUGUUAAGAGGCUGAGGGAAAUGAGCCCCCUCUGGGAAAUGGUGCAGGAUGGAAUUGACCUCAAAAGCAUUAAAUGGACUCAGCACUGAGAAAACACUGCUAUCCAUGGACUAGAUGUGGAUGUGGAUUAAAAUGCAUUUUCUGUACAUUCCUGGACAAAUACUGCAGUGCUUCUGUUUUCUGAUACUUGUAAUUUCACUGAAAGACUACCCUUUCUGAUCACAAAGUCUAAGAAGCCAAAAAUUAAACUAGCCUUUUUGCUGGAGAAAGGCAGGAUAGUAUAAUACCCAUUGCAUUUAUAUUGACACACAGAAAUUUGUGCUAAAAUGUAAUUUAUUUGGAAAUGUAUUUUCUUUUCUAUUAAGCAUGUUACUCCUGGGCCAGUGGAAUCCUGGCAAGAGGUUGUUACUUCUGAGUGUAAAACAUUCUGUGUAGUGGUUCUGUUUGCAGUACAGACCUAUUGCCAAGCCUCCUGUUCAUUCUGAGGUGGGCAUCCUGCAACAGCAUCUGGUUUUGUGCUGCUCAGAUGCACUGUACUGCAUGAAGGUCUCAGAAAGGAAGAAGCUUGGCAUUUCUAGAGGAAAAGGAUGCCUCAGUGUGGCUAUGUGCCUUCACAGUUAAGUAUGUGCAGUUAACUUUUUUGUUUCUGAAGCUGAGUAUUUUUAUCUCCUUUGGUUUUAUCUCUUUUUGUGUGAUGCUUGUGUAGACCAGUGUGCAGUAAUCCAAAACAUCCUUCUGCAUUAGCAUUUAUGAUACAAAGAUGAUGCACUUUGCUGUCGCCUCCAUUGUGUUUUUCCCAUGGAAUUUUUUUUUCUAGGGAAAGAAAACUUGAAUGACUGGGGAAGAGGGAUAGGCGGAAUAUGUCAUCUUCAGUUGCAGUACCAGUUUAGUUGGAACGUGAGUGGUGGAGGUGGUGGGGAGAGCAGAUAAAGUACAGUGUCUUAGGGCAGUCUGGGUUUUUUGUUGGUUUGGAUUUUUUUUUCGUCCUCUUGUGAUGUGUCCUUUGCUGUUACUCAGAGUUUGCCUAUGGGCUAUUGGUUUCUGUCACUUUAGGGAGUCUUUCCCAGCUGAGCCUAGAUGUUUUGUCUGGAAAUAAGAACAUCGGGCUCUGGAGUUUUCUCUGUGUGACAGACUAUACUUCUGUCUGACUAGAGACUUACAUGGGAAUCUGUUCCCUGCAAAUGCUGGGGGAAAGUGUCUGUUAAAAAGUGUUUGAUGGCAUCAGUGUUUCUCCUUUCUUACCUUUGUUGAUCUUCCCAGUAGGAAACUUAAGCCUGUAUUACCAAGUGCCUUUGUUUCUGUUGCAUAAGCACACAGCUCUCAAAUUAGUUUUGUUGAUUGAUAGAUGCUGUAUUAGCUGCUAAAUUUAAUAUACCCUAUAGACAGCAUGUGUUCAGUUCUGGAUGGUAUCUACCUCGAGGAUGAACCAUGUAAUAUAAAAGCUGAAGCUAAGUCUCACAAGGUGGUUUGUGUCACAGAAGCUUGUGGUUUUUGUUUUUUACCCGGGACAGAUUUGGUUGUGUGUAAUGCAAAGCUAAUCCUCAAUUGUUCAAAUUACUAGCUUUAGCAGUUUUAAUAUUGUAGGGCUGGCACCUUAUAUUUCAUCACAACAUUUUUAAAACUGCCGUAAGCAUAAAUAGGUUUUAGAGGUGUUGUAUGUACUAUGUUUUAUCCUUGGGCCAUAUAUGUUUUCUGGAUUAAGCAUGUGAUAACACUUUACCAACAUGUUUUAGAACUAUGUUUAUGAAACUGUUCUUUCUGUUUCAUGGAUGGUAACAAAUUAUAGAUAACACUUAAACCUGGCUACUUUCAGUCUUUUUGGAUCCACCUUUGUGGCUGAACUAUGCAGCGCAAUCAGUAAGUUGCUAAAUUGCAGGAUUAGAGAACAGGGAAAAAUAAACUCCAGUAUUUUCUGUGAUGCUCUUUCUGUCAUCAGGUUGACAUUUGACUCUUGAUAAGUCAUUCUUACCAAAGUCAGUGCCUGAUUUUUUUUUUUUAACUCAAAUAAUUGAAAUUGUGAUUAUUUUGAGAAAAGGGAUCCCCAAAUCUUGAAGAUUCCGACCAUCUCUUAUGUGCUAAGAUUUAAAUUCUAUAUGUAAAGGUUUGGGAAACUUUCACACUGUUAACAAAUGUUUGUUUGAUUAUAGGACAAGAUGAGGAAAAAGUGGAGAUGCUUUUCCCCAUGACAGAAAGAAGUAAUGCCAAGGAUGAACAUCUAGUUGUAGACCACUGAAUGCAGCUGAAGCAUUUUGUAUGGGGAAGUAAAUUUCUUUUGGAGGAGAAUAUUUACAAGUGAAACUGCCUGUAACUCAGAAGUGAGGGAGCUGUGGGGUUUUGUGGGGGUUUCUUUGGUGAUUAGCAAGAGCCAUUGAUACUAUGUGAGGAUACCACAAAAGUGGGGAUUUAGUGUCAGCAUUUUGUAAGUGUCAUAAUAAUUGAACCUGUGUGACAAAUAGGAAUAAAAUAAACUUCCAGUAGUGCAAGAUGGUUAGGAAAUACACAAGGGAAGCAAAAAAUUCUACUUGAUGGAUUUUAGUGUUUCUAAAUGCUGAUAGAGCAUAUCACCUAACUACAAAAAAUACUGAAUAUUUCUCCAGGAAUGAUAAUACAGAAUUAGUUACCUAUUCAGGACUUGAGAAGACAGAGAGAAAGAGAGUCAGUUAACAGAUUUGUUUACAGUGUUAUGCAACCAGCCAUAAACUUAAUGAGGAUUUUUUGAAAAUAUAAAUUAACAUAAAUGCUAUUGCUCUAAACAAAAUACCACCUCUUAUCUUUGAUCUUACAUCUCCCUGAUUGAUUGGCUUGCUGUUCUCUGUCUGGUGUGGCAUCAGUCAUGGUCAAACUGUUUUCAGUCAAAUUGUUUCUGCUAAGAACAGGUUUGUCCCAUGCUUUGAAAUUAUAGUUUCCCAAAGUUGUCUUAAGACAUCUCUUCUCCACUAAAGAUAGUUUUGAUUAAAUUUCAGGAUGGUGAAUACAGUCCUGCACUGGAAGAAAGCAGAUGCCAUUUUUGCCAUUUUUUAAAAUGGAUAAGCUGAGUGCUUGGGAGAGCUGAGCGCUCUGACAGCUCAUGUUCCUCCUAUCUGUCUGAAAGAGAGUAAUAAAAAAAGGCUGGUAGAAGAUGCUCUUAUAAGAAAAGCUCAUACUAAUGAGCAAUCAAAGUAGUUUUGUGCUGAGUAGGCAUAGUAAAACCAACAAGACGUAUAAUUUUAAAUGUAACUAUACAAGAUGAAUAAGGCACAUCAUAAUUGACUGACAGAUUUUAAGUAUAAACAGGAAUGAAGAGAGUAUUUCUGUGAGGCGUCUGUGAGGAUUUUUUCUGUUGAACAUUUUUCUAAAUGAUCUGAAAACAGUUAAGACUUGCAGUUGACACAUAGUAAUUGGAAAGAAAGACACAAAGUGAUAUGAAUUAUUUAUUCAGUAAACUGGGUUCUUUCAUCCAAACCGCAUCCUUGUACAGAUGAAGGAAGAAGAUCAGAGGUUGUGUUUACAGAAUGGUAUCUCAAGGGUGCUGGAGAAGUAAGGAGUCUGGGAUUUGGGGUAACGCUUUCAGACUAAUGGUGCAGCAAAAGUGUAAUGCAAGGAGGAAGACAUUUUUAUUUCAGAUAAGGAAUCAGCACAAGGGGUGCUGGUUCCUUCAAGCUUUACUUUAAAACGUCCUGUGUAAAUUUAUUUUUCCUUAGUUGCAUACCUAACAUCUUACUUCAGUUUUGGUUUAGGUGGACAGUACAGAUAAAUCAGCUCUCUCUCACUAGUUUCAUCAUACCUAAUAAAGGCAAAUCCCAUUCUUUCUAACACCA